UUCUGUGACCAUCUCUAAGGGAAGUUUCCUGGGACCUUGCGAGAAAGACAGACGCCCAGAGGAGGAAAAUAAAGGGCUAUGGUUUCCUUGUCCUGUUGCUUUGGCUCUGGCUCCCUUUGCCUCUGGAAGAGUAGCCACAGGACACAAAGAUGCCCGGCUGGUCACUGCACGCCCAAGUUCAGUUUAGCUGGUGCUUCUCUCCUGUUUAGCCCGACUGCUUCCUCUGAAGGGGAGGACUCCCAGCCCGACAGCCUUUUAGUUUAACCUGGAGCGUGUGCCGCCUCUCUCUGCCCAUCCCAAGAGCUCACUGGAGGUGGAGAAGAGGGGAGAAAGAGGAGGACUCCAAAGUGCCCGAGGAGCUCCCGAUGCUAAGAGGCGACAAAACAUUCCCGUGGACGACGCAGAAAGGACAAAGCUGAUUGAUUCAUCGCCGGUUUCCAGAUUUAUUGUUUUUCCUCCCUGUCCUUUGGCGCGCAGCCGCGUUCGGAGAUCUCCGAAAACACAAACCGAAGCCCCAACCUCCGAGCCCCAACCCCUUGGCUAGCUCUUAUGGGAAUGAAACACUCCUCCCGCUGCCUGCUCCUGAGGAGGAAAAUGGCGGAGAACGCUGCCGACAGCACCGAGGUUUGCCCCAUCCCAUCCCAGCCUCCUCAGCCUACUGUUGUUCCAAAGCCAGUUCAAUCUGUUAUACAUGUCCCCUUGCAACCAAGCUGCCCAGGCCGAGGAAAGAUGGCAAAGCUCAUCAACCCAGAAGAGAUGACAUCCAGGGAUUAUUACUUUGAUUCCUAUGCUCACUUUGGAAUUCAUGAGGAAAUGUUAAAGGAUGAAGUGCGCACAUUAACCUAUAGAAACUCAAUGUAUCACAAUAAACAUGUUUUUAAAGAUAAGAUUGUCCUUGACGUUGGAAGUGGCACAGGAAUCCUCUCCAUGUUUGCUGCAAAGGCAGGAGCCAAGAAGGUAUAUGGGCAAGCUGCAGAGUUGUAUUUAUGUUGGAAAAGCAGAUAUUUCAGAGAUCUGGCAGUGGCAAUCUUACAGCCAAAUUCAGACUUCGUGGUCCUAUUGGCAAAGAGUGCCGAUGGAAGCUUCAUGCAAAGCUCAGAACAAUCACUGCAGUAGAACUAUCUGAAUUCUAUCGUAUUUUCAGGCAAAGACAACAGGGUCAUUGAUGAAUAUACUGAAGAGGACUGGACCCAGCACUGA